CUCCCGGUGUCUCCCAGUAGAAGAAUGAACGACGAGUUCGCCUGAAUGCUCGUCCAUUAUCUCUCCGGUCAUCAGUAUCCGUUUUCCCAGCUGAGAAACUGUGAUUAUACUUGGAAGGAAUCGGUGUGUUUUUUAUGGUGUUUAAGAGCACUGGUUCUAUGCCGUGAACCAGGUGCAAAUUGACUUUGGUAGGCCACUGGUCGAUUGGAUCAUUGCGAAUUCGUAAGUAAAUUGUGAUUUGGUUGAAAUGUCCUGGGGACUGGGAUGGAAGCGGUCAUCUGAGAUUUUUCAUUUGAAACUGAAUUAUGGUUCGGAAGAAGAUGCGGAGAAUCCUGAUCGUGUUUCUUCGUCGUCAUCGUGUUCUUCUUCCUCUUCUUCUUCGUCGUCAUCGUUGAACAUUUUGACGCAGGGUCAGGAUCUUGGAUUUCGGAUUGAUUUAGAUUGGUCGGCUGGAGAUGACGAAGAUCAGGUGGCUUUAAGGCUCCAGUCGCAGCUCAUGGUUGCCUUGCCGGUGCCGCAGGAUGCUGUGCAGGUAGAAUUGAAUUUUCGUGAAGAAGCAGAUAAUGUGGAUGUAGAUAUGAAGGUUUUAAAGAGGAGGGAGCCUCUUAGAGCUGUGACGUUGAAGAAGUCAGCGGGGUCGGGACAGCAGAAUGAUGGGAUUGGCGUUCUGGCGCGGCUGUUGAGGUCGAAUGUGGCCCCGAUGAUGCCAGGGGUUGGCGACGAGGUGAUUGGUUGCGGCGAGCACUGGAAAACCGUUACCGUGCUCAAUCUUAGAGGUUGUGGUUUGACGGCAUUGCCAGCAGAUUUAACUCGAUUGCCACUCCUAGAGAAAUUGUACCUUGAAAACAAUAAACUCCCAGUUUUGCCGCCUGAGCUUGGUGAGAUCAAAAGUUUGAAAGUGCUCCAGGUUGAUUCCAACUUUCUGAUUUCCGUACCUGUAGAAUUGAGGCAGUGCGUUGAGCUGGUGGAGCUAUCACUUGAAUACAACAAACUCGUUAGGCCUCUUCUCGACUUCAGGGCUAUGGCUGAGUUACGUGUUCUUAGACUAUUUGGUAAUCCUCUAGAAUUUCUUCCUGAAAUCUUGCCGUUGCACAAUCUGCGCCAUCUUUCUCUUGCAAACAUCAGAAUUGUGGCAGAUGAAAAUUUGAUAUCUGUGGAUGUUCAAAUAGAGAUAGAAAACAACUCUUAUUUUGGUACAUCUAGACAUAAGCUUAGUGCCUUCUUCUCCCUUAUUUUCCGUUUUUCUUCCUGCCACCAUCCUUUAUUGGCAUCUGCCCUCGCAAAAAUAAUGCAAGAUGAAGGAAAUCGUGCAGUUAUCAGUAAAGAUGAGAAUGCAAUACAUCAGCUUAUAAGUAUGAUAAGCAGUGAGAACCGUCAUGUGGUUGGACAAGCAUGCUUUGCUCUUUCUUCUCUUGCUUCAGAUGUUUCCAUUGCAAUGCAGUUGAUGAAAGCAGACAUAAUGCAGCCCAUUAAAACUGUUCUAAAAUCUGUCGCGCAAGAUGAAGUAAUUUCUGUAUUGCAAGUUGUGGCUAAGUUGGCUUUCACAUCUGAUACUGUAUCUCAGAAAAUGUGUACUAAGGAUCUUUUGAAAUCAUUGAAAUUGUUAUGUGCUCAGAAAAAUCCAGAGGUGCAAAGGUCAGCUUUAUUAACAGUUGGAAACUUGGCAUUUUGUUUAGAAAAUCGUCGCACUCUAGUUACUUCUGAAAAGUUGCGUGAACUACUCUUACGCCUGACAGUUGCACCUAACCCACGUGUGAAUAAAGCUGCAGCUCGAGCUUUAGCAAUUCUUGGGGAGAAUGAAAAUUUACGACGUGCCAUGAAAGGGAGACAAGUAGCAAAGCAUGGACUGCGAAUACUCUCAAUGGACGGUGGUGGCAUGAAAGGUUUGGCAACAGUUCAAAUACUUAAAGAAAUUGAGAAGGGAACUGGAAAGCAGAUACAUGAAUUGUUUGAUCUUAUAUGUGGCACAUCAACUGGUGGCAUGCUAGCUGUUGCCCUUGGUAUUAAGCAUAUGACUUUGGAUAAAUGUGAAGAAAUAUAUAAAAAACUUGGAAAGCUCGUCUUUGCUGAACCUACACCAAAGGACAGUGAAGCUGCUUCCUGGAGAGAAAAGCUGGAUCAACUUUACAAAAGUUCAUCACAAAGUUUUAGAGUUGUUGUCCAUGGAUCUAAACAUAGUGCCGAUCAAUUUGAGAGGCUAUUGAUGGAAAUGUGUGCAGAUGAGGAUGGAGACCUGUUAAUAGAAUCUGCAGUUAAAAACCCCCCCAAAGUAUUUGUUGUGUCAUCCUUGGUGAGCAUGGUACCAGCUCAGCCUUUCUUAUUCCGCAAUUAUCAGUAUCCUGCUGGAACACCGGAGGUUCCUCUGGCAAUUUCAGACAGUUCAGGGAUUACUGUGUUUGGAUCACCUUUGGCCAGUGCCCAGGAUGGCUAUAAGCGCAGUGCUUUCAUUGGAAGUUGCAAGCAUCAAGUAUGGAAAGCUAUAAGAGCAUCAUCUGCUGCCCCUUAUUAUCUUGAUGAUUUUUCAGAUGAUGUAAAUCGCUGGCAAGAUGGAGCCAUAGUGGCGAAUAAUCCUACAAUCUUUGCCAUAAGAGAAGCACAGCUUCUAUGGCCUGACACGAGAGUUGACUGCUUAGUUUCCAUUGGAUGUGGCUCUACUCCAAUGAAGGUGAGGAAAGGCGGGUGGCGUUAUUUGGAUACUGGACAAGUGCUAAUUGAGAGUGCAUGCUCUGUGGAUCGAGUGGAGGAAGCUUUGAGUUCAUUGUUACCUAUGCUGCCUGAGAUACAUUAUUUCCGAUUUAACCCUGUGGAUGAACGUUGUGAUAUGGAAUUGGACGAGACUGAUCCAGCAGUCUGGCUGAAGUUGGAAGCUGCAGUUGAUGAAUAUAUCCAAAGCAAUAAUCUGGCAUUUAAGGAUGCCUGUGAGAGAUUAAUCUCGCCUUAUCAAUUUGAUGAGAAGUGGUCGGAAAACUUCAAUUCAUUUCAUUUGUCCAGGGUGACGGGAUCAUCAGCAGAUGAGAAUAGCCCUUCUUUGGGUUGGAGACGGAAUGUACUACUGAUUGAAGCUUCUCAUAGUCCUGAUGCAGGAAGAGUUAUGCAUCAUGCCCGUGAACUUGAAGCAUUUUGUUCCAAAAAUGGAAUUAGAAUAUCCCUUAUGCUUGGAACAUCAGGGAUUGUGAAGACUAUUCCUUCAACAACAUUCCCAACACCUUUUACAUCACCCUUACUUACUGGAAGCUUUCCAUCAAGCCCACUUCUGUAUAGUCCUGAUGUUGGAGCUCAAAGGCUUGGUCGAAUUGAUAUGGUUCCACCUUUAAGCUUAGAUGGCCAAUUGGGUAAAGAAGCAGCAUUAGCCCCCGAGUCUCCUUUAGGACCUAGAGAACUCUCCUCACCUGUACAGGCAUUGCAUGAGAAGUUACAAAAUUCACCUCAAGUGGGCAUUGUACAUUUGGCCCUUCAAAAUGACUCAUCGGGCUCAAUAUUAAGUUGGCAAAAUGAUGUUUUUGUAGUUGCUGAACCUGGAGAACUUGCAGAGAAAUUUCUACAAAGUGUCAAAUUGAGUUUGUUGUCAGCCAUGCGAAGUCAUCGUAGGAAGGGUGCAUCAUUGCUUGCCAAUGUCUUGACUGUGUCUGAUCUGGUGGCACUCAAACCCUACUUCCAAAUUGGAGGCAUUGUCCAUCGUUAUUUAGGACGACAAACCCAAGUUAUGGAGGAUAACCAAGAAAUUGCAGCUUACUUGUUUCGUAGAACCGUGCCUUCCUUGCAUUUAUCACCUGAUGAUGUUCGUUGGAUGGUUGGUGCUUGGAGGGACAGGAUCAUUUUUUGCACUGGAACUUAUGGGCCAACCCCAGCUUUAAUUAGAGCCUUUUUGGAUUCUGAGGCUAAAGCUGUAAUAUGUUCUUCAACUGAACCCCCUGACACGCAACCAACAACAUUCCAGUCAGGGGAUUAUGAUACCAUGGAAAACAGGAAGUUCGAGAUUGGCGAAGACGAUGGAGAAGAUGAUGAUGCUGAGCUUUCAAGUCCCACAAGUGACUGGGAAGACAGUGAUGCUGAGAAAGUUGGAACUUAUUCUUUAGAUACCUGGGAUGACAAUGACGAAGAACUUUCCCAAUUUGUUUGUCAGUUAUACGACUCGUUAUUCCGAGAGCGUGCAAGUGUAAAUGCUGCUUUACGCCACGCUCUAGCUUCGCAUCGAAAGUUGAGGUAUAAAUGCCAUCUCCCUGAUGUCCAAUAAUAUCUUGAACAAUCACACACAUACAAAAAUAAAUGAAAGAGAUUAAUAUAGAGAAAGGUCGAGAGGAAUAGUUGGAAAGUAGAUGGAUUUUGCUGAGCAUAGAGAACAUUCAAGAAAAUAAAGAGGAAGAUCCAAUUUUGAGGGGGCUUUCUUUUGUGUUCAUUAUAACCAUCUUUUGAAUGCCAUAGACGUGUAAGGCACUAAAAAGGUUGUCUGAUUGAUCUUCUUUGUUCAGUUAUAACUUUGUUUAGGCAAAUUUGAAUGUAAAAAUGAGCAUAAAUUCUCUUCUUUGAGGACUUUCUGAUUACUA